AGUGUAUAAAGCCAUCGCCUUUACACAGAAGCCGCCACUGCAAGGUGACUGACUGUUAAUUAGGAAGCUCUCAGCACUGUCAGCUAUGGACAUCGCUAUCGCCGUGUCCUUAGCGCUGGUCCUCUGUCUUGUGUGUGGGGUAUGCCCAGUCAAUGCUUACUAUGAACACACCUGCUACCUUGAUGACCGGAAGCCUUCUGUGGGCGGUUUAUGUGGCCGGCGGGCAUCCAUGAUGGUGGACAUGGUCUGUCGGGGCUCGUUCGGGAAGAGGAAUGUACGCUUCAUGGACGAUGAUCCAUCCCUGGAACCGGUUAAGUUCGCCGCCCCGAAGAGAGAAGCUCUUUCUUACCUCGGCAAGCGGACGAGUGAACAAGGCUUUGUCUGCGAGUGCUGCUACCACAGAUGUUCAAUCGGCGAACUGCGAGAAUAUUGUCACGACUAGAUUGGCACAGACACUAUGACAGCAAACAGUACGAGAUGGAUAGACAGUUACAAUGUUAGCGCUUACAGAAUGUAGUGGCGAUAGUCUGAUAUUUUGGAAUAUAUGUUCACGUACCACAGCAUUUCUUGGAGUGCUCCAGAUUCAAGGAUGUCAAAACAUCACAAGUUUGCUCUCGUUGAAUCUAUUGGACGUUAAGUUCAUAUAUCGUUUCCGAUAACCUGUUCGCACAAUAUAUAUAGUGAAUUUUUGUAGGGGUCAUUCUUAUACUGGUAAGUUCAUAUUCCCGAUGAAAACCUUGUCACCAUGGAAACACUGUGGUAUAUCUGCUAUAAUUACUUAACCCUUAUCGUCACUUCCGCUAUCAAUGACGUCAUGAAUCCAUUGCAUCAAAGUGGCAGUGUCUGACUAUGUCUGAAGCUUGACCAGUGCCUUCGAACAACAUGAGGCCUUGCACAACUUUUUACAUAAUGUGAUGACACAAUACUUGGUUAUUAAAAGAAUAAUAAAAAACAUGAAACACAA